CUUUGGGACAACGCACAUACUUCCUUCUUUCCUUCCCAUAUUUCCGUCCAUCCUUCCUUCCUUCCUUCCUUCCCUCUUUCCUUCAUUCUUUCGCUCCUUCAUUCUUUCAUUCCUUCAUUCUUUUGUUCUUUCAUUCUUUUGUUCUUUCAUCCCCUACAUCCUCACAGACUCACGCCCGAGCCCUUUCUCUCCUCUCUUCCAAGCUUGCCCACUACUCUGUUUCCUUCCUCCCCCCUCUCGCUCUCACUCCUUCCCAGGAUCACCACUGCCUGCACAGCAACGAACAAUUACCUCUUCACAACGGUAGCAACGACUUAAUAUGGCAAAUCAAAGCAUCAUGGUCCCACCGAACAACGCCCCCUGGCCAGGGCUUCAGUCGUCUCAGUCACAGUCGCAUUCCUCGCACCACCAUCCCCACCACUCCAGCCAGCCACAGCCUUCCUCACACCACGCUUCGUCCUCAUACCCAUCACAUCCACCCCCACCUCCCCACUACUACCCACCACAUCCAGGACACCCUCACCAUCCGCCCCCACCACACUCCUCACACCAGCAGCCAUACUAUCCAUAUCAUCACCCAUACCCUGCUGGACCAUACCCACCACCCUACCCAUCCCAUCCCUCCUAUCACCACACCCAUCCUCCCCCACCGCACUACCUUCAACAUCCUGCUGCUAAUGGUACUGCCCGCGAUGGAACACCCUCAUCUACCUCGAACACACACGCCCCUCCCUCUCCUUCUCCGGCUGCCCAGGACAUGGGUUCAAAUGCCGCCAAAACGACCUCCAAAUCCAUCAAGACAGAACCAGAUCUAUCCCCUUCCUCGAAGAAGGCUACUUCGGCUACAUCAAAAUCGACUGCACCCAUCACAGCCCCAAAGACAUUCCGCUUCGAGGGAAGCAUCUCCUCCGAGUCCUACAAGACCACAAAGUCUUUUGACCUCGCAGGCGUCAACAUCCUUAACCGUAAGCCCCUCGACACCCGUACUGCACUCGAUAAGCUGCAGCGCCGACGCGAGACCCACAACCGUGUGGAGCGGAAACGCCGAGAUUGCAUCAACCAGCUAAUUGAUGACUUGACAAAACUGCUGCCUCCUAAACAUCUCGAAGAAGUCACCUCAAAGUGCCAUCGCGUCAAUGUCCUGCGCGGAGCAGUCGCCCACAUCAAGUUUCUUGCCGACCAAAACUUGGCCCUCACAAAGUCUCUAGACACCGCCAAGGAGCAGGGCUUCCAGGUCCCGAUCGACCUCAACCCAUCCGAAGCGUCAUCCAAGGGUACCGAAGGCGCAGAGCCGGCCGCAUCCACCAUCCCCGCUACUGCGGAUGGCUCCGCAGAGGACGAUGGGAUGGCCAUGGAUGUCGACACGUCCGAGCCUGUCAAGCGAGAGAUCAAUGGUGAUGACGAUGAUGAGGAUAUUGAAGAAGACGACGAGGACAAACAGAUCGCUCGCGUGGAAAAGACUUCUUCCAAGUCAUCCUCUCCCUCUGCUAACACGAGCAAUUCGCGGUCUGCCUCCCCAAGACUGACGCCAUCCAAGGCAUUGGCACAUCCACCCGUCAUCGUCACCGAUGCGUCCAGUCCUUCCUCAGACAAGGAAUCAGAUCGCCAGUCCAAGAUAGCCCUUGUUCCUCCACCAGUCUCUAUCCUGAAGGUUCCUGAUGAUGUCCAGGGCUCUUCAUUCCGUCAUCCUCAUGAGCGCAAGAGCUCGUUCAGUGACUGUGCCAGCCCUGCCAGCUCCCUCUCGGCCUCGCCCAUGUUUCCUUCCUCGCCCUACAUAGCCAAGUCCGAAUCCUCAACAUCGACAUUCCCUCCCUCACCCGUGUCGCCCUCUCCCUCUGCGCGCCAGAACCCGUUCUCGAUGACUGUCAGCCAGGCCGAGGGUCACCAGAGCUCCUUGAGCAAGGAUCAGCAGCAGAAGCUGUCACCAUUCAUGCAGCACCAGCCGACCUCAGCCUCGCCUUCGUUGCCACCAAUUUCAUCCUUGGCCAAUCUGCAGCUACAGUCGCCCUCUGGGGCGAUGGAGAUUUCUGGUGAGAGACUCCCCACGGACUGCCAGACAUCACCGUCCCUGCGGUCUUCGUCCAACAGUUACUCUGGAGCCUCAUCUGGGUCGUCUCCUUCCUCCAAUGCCAAAUUUGGAAGCCAUCGCUCUGGUCCCACGUUGCCGCCACUGAAAAUCCCUCCUCAGCAGCAUCUUCAUCCUUCCUAUGCCAAUGGAGGUCAUCCCAACGGCAACAGCACCAGCAGCCAGACGCUCUCUCCACACCAGUCUUCGACCUCUCCUCGCCACCAUCAUCGAAACUCGGACGAGCAGCCCCCAGUCUCGCCGUUCAUGCUCUCGCCGAUGAUGUCGCGAUCCCCCUCCAUGGGUCCGCUCUCAUCGUCCUCUGCAGGCACCUCGCCUUAUCCCCACUGGGGACACGAGGGAUCAGAUGUACCGCCACCACCUCAUCCAGGUCACUACAUGCCAGGCUCGCUCUCGUCUCACGUCUAUCCACAUGGCUAUCCUUAUCCUUACCCAUAUCACCCUUCGUAUGGAUACCCGCAUCCUCACGGCCCUCCUCCGCCGCAUCAUCCUCAUCACCCGCCCCCACAUCACUCGGCCCCACCGCAGCCGACGUCCCCUCAACCAAUGCUGGCACGAUCCCUUCAGCCAGAGCCGAUCUUUAUCCAAGAGGAGCCGUGGAACGUGCAGCGCAAGAAAAGCACAUCCGGUGUCACUAACAAGAAUCAGUCUGGUUCGAAACAGUCUGGUGGCAGCAAGAAGGGCCUUCAAGAGAAGGAGGAAGACCAAUUGACGGAGGAGCCUCCAAUGUCACCGUCAUCUUCUGUGACAUCGAGUACUUCCUAUCCUGCAAGCCCUAACCAUCGCAAGCGGUCGUCGCAUAACUAUGGCGAGGAUGAAGAUGCCAACGUAAAAUCGUUCUCGAGCCUAUCCAAGCGGGCGAAGCAGCAGGAGCAGACAUUGGGUGCGGAUCUGGAGAAUAAUGGAGGAGAUGACCGGACGAAGAAUGGAUUGCGUCCACGGGAUAGUGGGAUUGUUGUCGUAGUGGUCGAGGCGGAUAGUGAGGCGCCUUCGCCGACUAAUGUUGUUGUGGUUGAGGAGAGCAAGUUGAAGGAGAGCAAGUUGAAGGAGAAGAAGGAGCUUGCUGUUGAGAAGGAUACUGAGAUGUUGUCGUCUGUACAGGAGCGGAUAGAGGAUGCUAAGGACGCAGCACAGGCGUUGACUACUCUAGCUCAGGACAGAGAAUAAGGCCUUCUUUCAUGUAAAAUAAAAUAAAAUAAAAUAAAAUAAAUAAAAAAACAGAAGCAUAUUUGCGAGUUGAACAC